GUUAGUUUGCGCGAUAGAGAUGCGUACAAGAAUUAAGCUGAAAACAUGGCGUUACAGUGUUUUAGUUUGCGCCCUUUAGACAGUACUUUAGAAACUUUAUUGACGAAAGAUAAUCUUCUACGGGUAUAUCAGGUAACAUGGUGGGUGUGGUGAGAUGACCCUUUAAAUUGGGUUUUCCAUGGUUUUGACUUUGGAAACUUGUAUAAAUGUCACUGAAACAACCUACCAAGAAAAGAUUGAAACAUUGUCAUCCCUUUGGAUCGACUUUUUUGAAAGCACAAGAAAUGCUUCUGAAGAAACAAAAAUAUACUUGUUGGAAAUGCUUUUUCAAAUUCAAAGUGGGUCUUUUUUUCUGUUCUUACGGAAUAAUUUUGGCAAAUUGGCAGAGGGAUGGAAAAGUGGGACCAUGUUGUCGCCAAAGUUUGGCAGUGAUUGAGAACAGUGGUAUACUGUAUAUGUAGUGUUACAGCCAGAAUGGUAUUAUAAUCAAAAGGUUUAUUAUGAACUUGUUAAAGCUGCACUGCUGAGAUGCCAGUGUAACUACUAUGCUACAGAGAAAGUGACUGAAUUGUUGCAUCUCAUAGAAAGUCCUUGGGGUGGCAAUCUGUUAAUGAAGUUGUUAUUUAACUCACCAUCUGAUGAAGUUGCCUUUGAGUUCUUCCGCAGAGAAAGUGCAGUCGUGAUAUCUAUAAGGCUGCAUUUGUUAUGUGAGCAGGAGCCUAGAAAGUUAGCUCUAAGAUUAGCUCACUGGUACCUAAGAUGCAUUCGCAAUAACAAGGCAUAUAAGUUGUUUACAUGCCGAUCUGGCACAAAGAAUACAAAGGAUCAAAUGAACCAUGUUUUAGACUUGGUUCUUGCCCUUUCAUGUGGCAAAUUUUAUGUCGACAUAAUUAAUCAGUUUAGAUUUCUUCGACUGAAAGAAGGCUUGGAACUGUUGCAAAGAUUCCAGAAACGGCUACACUUCAAAAAUGAUGAGAAACAUGUGUUUCAUUCAAGCACAGAAAUUUACCAGUUGGCAUCACAGCAUUUUUUGACAGAGGCAAUGUCAAAUGAAAGUGGAAAAAACUGUCGAAUUGUAGAAGCUCUAACUGUUGAGUGGAUAACUGCUCAGAUGCUUUACGACAACGAUGAGAAAAUUCGUGACAACAUAGAAAUGCAAAUUGAAAGAGCAGCCUGCACCUACUACGCUUUUGCCUUUUUAUACGCCUUGUUCCCGAAGUUGCAAGAUGAUGAAAUGAAGACAUUUUGCUUUGAUCUUUAUGUUGUUCUGCUGUCAAGGGAAAUAACAGCUCUUUAUCAGUUUGAUUCCAUAAAAGAAAGGAAACUUGUACGCAAAACAGAAGUAAGGUUGUCCAAAGCCUUUCUGAAACUUGCGAACUUGUUGAAAGAUUAUAUUGGACUGUACAGAGAAUGUUUACUUACAGCAUUUUCUAUCAACCCUACUGAAGAGUGCCAUGAGUUGAUAAAAGAUGUUGCGGUUGAAAGUGGUGCAUGUGAUGUCUCAUCUCGGAAUCAUGGGUGUAAUGAUAGUGAUGGCAACUGUUACCUCCCUGGAAAGUGCUCAAAGGGAUCAGUGAAAAGGAGUCAAACUAAGUCUCAAUCUGUAAAUUUAAGCUAUGGACCAAAUUCAGUACGUGAUGCGCAGAACCAUGCAUUGACAUUGGGAUCUCCAAAUCUACGUCUUACUCAACGAAGUUUGGAUGAUUUGGCAUCAAUAUUACUUCACCCUCGUCAUAAGGAACUACACUGGGACUUGGAAUGGCCUGUACUAAACCAAAAAUGUAAUGAGUUCCGUAAAACUUGGAAAGACAGGAGGUACAGAGGUCAAAGACUGAGGUUUCUGAACAUUGAUUUUAAAAGACAAGUGGCAAUAGAUGAUGGUGGGGAUGUGGACAAAUUAGCUGAAGAUGAUGAUGAUGACUUCAUUGAUGAGGAUGAAGGUGAUGAAUUGGAUGAUACAGAGGAAAGAAUGUCACAUUAUGAAGAGGAAACUGAUGAUGAGUAUGAAGGGAGUGAGGAUGAAUAUCAUGUGGACAGUGAUACAAAUGAACAUGAAGUUAUUGAUGUAGAAGAUGGUGAUGAAAGUUAUCAUGCAGAGGAUAACAUAUUUGUAAAAGAAGAGAAAAAUAGUUGCAUUAUUGAUAUUGGUAGUGAUCACAAUGAAGAUUCAGCAGGAAAUUAUCAGGUACAAGAUAAUAGCAGUGAUAUAAGUGUUGUUUUUACCGAUACUAAAAGGAGGAAGUUGAAAUCUUGCAAUGAUGACUUAGCGGAACAGAGAAGAGAAGCCAGGUUAAAUAAUGGAAAUUCAAUCGGCAACUUUCCUUCAUUGAAUAAUGAGCAUUUCUUGAAAAGUUACAAUCCUAGUUUAGUCAAGCUUGAAGAUGAUAAUUUAGAUGACAGUACCACUCAUUCAGAUAGUUUGGAUUGUAUGCAAAACAACCAGUUUUUGAAUUGCUAUAAUUUCAGUUUGGUUCAAGUUCAGAGAUCUGGCCAGCUUCAUGAUAAAGAGGAAAGUGGCAGUUCAUCAGUUAAAACUCUAAAUACUGUGCUUGAAGAGAAUGUUCGUCAUUACAAUGAAAAUGAAUCCCACAUUCAUGAUAAAGCUAAUCACACAAGUGGUGAGCAUCAUAAAAGAGUAGCAUGUGUGAAAGGUGAUUUGAAUACAAAUGAAGACAUAAAGCCAGUAUUUGUUGGGAAUUAUGUUGCAUAUGUUGAUAUUGGUUAUGAUACUGAUGAUGAUAUUGCUGAAAUGGUUGAAUAUCAGAGAAAGGAUACAUCGUUUAAUGACAGUGAAAAUGUAACUGGAACAUCAGACAGUUUCGAUACAAAUAAUUGUGCAAUUUCCGAGUCACCUGUUAGUCCAGAACAUAAAGAAGACCAUAUUCUUUCCCAAGCCAAAACAACAACAACAACUCAACAAGAUGAAGUAUUAUUCUGUGAUAGAAUAUGCAGUGUGUCCUCUUUUCAUGUACAUUCGCCUGAGCCACCGCCUGGAUAUUCUGAUGAUGACUCAAACCAAUGUAUUGAUUUAUCAAGUCAGUGUAUUGAUUUGAGUACUCAUUUUCGUGGCUAUAGAAAUAAUACACCUAAUGUUCCAACUACUCAUGCUCUUGCAUCUCCUUCUGUCACAGAAUUGUGUGACUCAAGUGAGUUUCCAGAAUCUCCCAAUUUGCCAGAUGCAUCGAAGUUGCCUAAUUUACCAGAAGAUCAUUCACGUGAAUCUGCAAAAUUGAGUAUCUGUAAUUAUUCAAAUGCACAUGGUGUCUCUACUGAUAAGCAUUCUUCUUUUAAACGUUCAAAUUUGUUGAAUGAUUGUUCACAAAAUUCAAGAUCUAUUUUAUUCUCUCAAAAACAGUCUCCAGAAGUUGGCAUUAUGCCACAUUUUAUUCAAGAGUCACCUGUUUUGUAUCCUUUUGCACAUACAAACUGUCAAGCUACUGUACAUCAUAAUGCUGAGCAACUAAACAGUGAUACAGAUACUGUGUUGGAUUUAUGUAUUAGAAACACUGGUUUGGAAAGAUUACAAGAUAGAGAUGACAAUUUUGAUCACUCUGCUAAUGUAGCUUGCACUCGAGGUGUACUGACAUCAGAUACAGUUGUUGAGCAAUCAUCAGAUAUUGAGAAAAACUGUGGUGGACAACCGGAAGUAAAUGACAGUUUGGAUAAUAGUUCCUUUGUAAGUAGCAAUGCAGUUUCGAGAAGUGAUGCUUGUUUGGAAAAUUCAUAUCCAGUUAUGACAAAGAAUUCAUUAACUGGGACAAUCCAAGCCUAUGAUUUACGCUCCAGAUUAGUACCAAAAAUAAAAUUUUCACCUAAGAAAAGAUAUGGAUCAAGGCAGAAGUUAACAGCUGUAACUGCAGCAGGCAGUGUGUUAGCUGGCACAGGGGUAAUUUUAGCAAAAUCACGCCCUAUUACUCGAUCAUGCACUAUAUUGGCUAGGUCUGAUCAUUCAGGAGGUCAAAAAGAUGCUGUAAUAACUGAACCUGUGUUACGGAUCAGUUGUCAAAACCAGCGUGAUGUUUUUACUGAAAACAGUAAAAUUAAAUCUCGUAUGGUGAGACAGCGAGAACUGAAUUGCAAGUUAAACACUCGGAAAACUAGAGUAACUACUACUAGAUCUGUUCAUGAAAGUCCAGAUGCUGUACGAGGGGUACAAACAAGAUCAAAAUCUAAAGAAAGUCAAUUAAGGGCGCUUUUGGAAUACACUAACUGUAAAAGUGAUUGUGGACUCACUCAUGCUAUUAUUGAGAGUACAAAUGUUGUUGAUAAAAAAUCUGAUGAAAAGAUUGGUUCUAUGUCUAAACCUGUUGCUCAUGAUACAAACAAUACAACUCCCGAACGCAGAAAGCACAACUCUGUGAAGAAUAAAAUAGAGAAGGGUUUAUCAGUCAAAAAAAGUGGUAAAGGUGAUGCAAAAACUCGUAAAAAGAAAUGUAAUGUGUCUUUGUUAGAGAAUUCUAAAGGUAGCUUAGAUUGUCAAAGAGGAAUAAGCAAAGGCAAGGCACAUUACCAGCGCAAAGGCACAAAGAAGCUUUCAGAUAUCAACACUAUUAAAAGUAGUUGUACAAAACAAUCAGAAAAUGAAUACUUUGUGAAGGUACCGGAAAAAAACAUUAAAAAUCUUAGAAUGACUAAACCACCAAAAGCAAAAGAAAAAUUAAGUGCAUUUAAUGAAAGUCGGCCUGACAUGAAGACAGUGCGACGUAAAAUUGAUGAAAUAGCAAUUCCGAAGAGUGCUUCAAGGGUGCAUAAUUUGGAUGGUAGUACUCUGACAGUUAAGAAAUCAAAGAUAACAAAAUCAGUCUGCUCUAGAAAUGUUUGUUCAGAUGUUUUAAUUCAAAAAACAAAAACUCGAAGUGGGAGAAUUUGUACUGUGAUCAAAACCAAUUUUGACAGAAAAAACCUAAGUUUUUGUACAGUAGCAAGUGGGUGUGAACACCUUGCUGAGACAAUUUCUGGGCUUAGUUCUUUAGAAAUGAUAUCACCUCCUCCAGCUGAGUCUACUGUGAAUGUUGUUCAAGUAAGUGGUAUCAUAAAUGACCAAGAAAGACCUUUAAGUCCUAAAAUUAAUAAUCAGAAUUUACAGUGCACUGAUGAAUCUUCAGACAUGAACACAGAUCCAAAUGCCUCAUGUUUAUCCACAGAUGCAAAUUCAGUAACUUCUGAUGACACAGGCCAUCAAACUGAAUCACUUUCAGAGAACUUUUUACACAUAUCAACAGCACGCACACAAACAUUCCAGAAUAUUGAUGCACAGAUGAAAGUGAAAAGCAAUGUCCAGACUGAAAUCAAAUACUUAACAACUACAAAUGAAGUGAAUAAAAUACUGCAAAGUACAUUACCAGAUACAGGUCAGAGUUCUAGCAACAUUGUGGUAACAGAUGUGGGACAGAUAUUAUUGUCGCAAGAAUCUGAACAUGAUCCGUUCCAUGAAAAGCGUAAUUUACCUGUUGGAGGUGACACAAACUCAAAGUUACAUAGUAGUGCAGAAGUGAAGUCUAUGGCAGUGCAUACAGGCUCACCUAUUUCUUCCGAAAAUCAAAGCAUUGUAAAAGGUAAAGUAAAUGCUGAAAAUGCUUUCCAGCAUGUCUCAUUAAGUGAAUCUAACAUUAAAGUGAGUAUCCAGGCAUCAACUUGCAUUCAAGAAAGUAGUCAGCCAUUAGCUUCAGAAUCUAGUGCUGCUCUAGCCUUGCAAGUGAAUGUUACGUCUCAGAGUUGUGAAAACAAUUCUCAAACCAAUUUAAACAAUAUUGGUAUAAAUGUUAUUGCAAGCUUGAUUUCAUCUACGGAUGUGAGCGAUUCUAACAAUGUCUCUGAAGUAUUUAAAACCAGUGGAAAAUCUCAAAGCCCUCAGAAAUCUUCUCGUGGUGAAAGUGAUGUCUUAUGUACAAUCCAGUCAAACAUCCAAAUUCCAACUAUUCAUUCAGAACAAAUGAAAAAUUCAGGUCAUGUACCUGAUCAAAAUUUUAUUGUGUAUAAUUUAUCGGGGAAGAAAGCCAACAAGGUCUGUGAAGAAGGAAUAUUGUGUUUGUCUCAAGCAACACUACCAAAAUUUCAGCAAGCAUUUGGCAAAACAGUCUAUCAUACUAAUUCAUCUUCUACAGGUGUAAAUGCAACUAAUUUGACUUCACAAGUAAUUAAAGAAAAGGUCCUUCAAAAUAAUUGCACAAAAUUGGAAGUUAUUUCAGCACAGGCAGCAUCAAGUGGUUGUAUAUCAAAUACUGUUCUUUCAAAAGCUGUUCAGACAACUUGUGUCUCUGAUUUAUCAGAGAUCCAAACAUCACAAGCCCAUUCAGCAGAAGUACUUGCUGCUGACAGGAAUGAAUCUGCAAUAAGUUCACUACAAGAAGUAGCUACCAGAAAAACUCAAAAGAGUUCUAACUGCUUGACAUUUCAGUCAUCACGUUGUGAUUCCAGAACUUUUACGGAGGUGCAUACACAGCAAAAUACCAACAUUGUGGAUACAAGCCUUGGUUUGGCGCAAAAGACUGUAAUUGGAACGCGACCAAAUUUUUUACGCUCCACAAAUCCUGAACUUUCUGCAGCAUCUAGUUGUGUUACAAUGAAAUCAGUUGUCAUUCCUAAAGUGUCUUCUGGAAAAAAGUCCAUAAAUUGUGGCAGGAUUACUUCAUUUCAGGCUAAUAAUUUACAAACAUCUACUGUUGUUGUAAACUCAAUUACAUCAAGAACUUUAAAUUGUGAUAGUCAAAGUUGCCAGGAACAUGAAGUCUUGGUUAUUGAUUCCUCAUCAGAUGAGGAAAUUUGCUAUUUAGGAGCCCGAACAGUUCCUUCUACUGCCAUACAGAAUGGAACACUUGCAGCUGACCAGAAAACUUGUGCUACACGUGCAGGACUAGCACAGCCAAGGCCAUUAAUGCAUAUAUCUGGUUGUCAUACUCCUAAAGUUAGUUCUACUGUGUUGAAGUCGUGUAUGAACUCGCCAACAUCAAAACGCUCUUCAGGUUCUUCUGUGCAUAUGGCCUCUGGGGUAGUGCAGAUACCGCAAAUUAAUAACACACCAGAUCCUAUUAUGACAACACCACCUACUCCAUUGGACCCAAGCACAGCGAAGUUAAUUAGAGAGUUUGAAGUUGUUAUGGAGGAAGUUACAAAUACUUCUCAAAGAAAAGAACGAAACACUGGAUUACCUCAGGUCCCAACAAGUACCCACGUUGUUUCUCCACAGAGCUUGCAUUCAAAGUCUCUGGCAACAUCAAGCAUAAAAGUAAGUUCAGCUGUGACAACUGCAACACCAUUUACACAUGAUGUUUUCACUGUUUCAUCAACAACUUCAUUGUCUUCAUCCCCUCCAUCUUCUGUAGGAGUGGUUGUAACAUAUGGCAGCAAUGCCGAAACAUCAGAUGUAAAUGUCACAUAUGUUGUGCCAUCUCAGUCUUCAACUGGAGUUACAGUAACCUAUGUUAGUUCUCCACCAGCAGUUGCUGUAACAUUUGUUACUACAAAUCCAUCUGUUGCUGUGACUUAUGUGGGCUCAUCUCCAGCAUCACCAGGAAUUUCUUCUGUUUCAGUUCUUAAUAAUGCCCCGUGUGCAAACAGCAAGGUUUCUUCCACUCCUGUUGUAACGUCUUAUUGUCAGUCUGUAACUUCACCAGCUCUGAGUGUAACUUCGCAAAAUUCAUCGAGUCCUUGUGUUACGCCAGCACCUUUAUCAUGUGGUAAAAGUCCUAAACCAUCAAAAUCAUCCAAAACAAAGUCUGUAAAAAGCAGUGUAUGUGCAUCUUCUAAAGCAUCUCCUGUACCAAAGCUUUUGCAAAAACCACAAGAAGAUGAGCAAACAGCUCAGAGGAUCUACGCUAUUUUGGAUGAAUAUGCAGAACAGUUACGUAAUUCCCCAGAUUUAAACAAUAAACCUGCACCUAGGCGCAGGUCAAAUCCACCAACAAAUCCAAAUCAUUCAUCAAAAAGAAAGAAAUCGCAGACGAAAGCAAAGCUUUUAGGACAGCAGUCAUCUAGCACUGUUCCAGAAAUGAGCCCAGGAACUGAUGAUCCGCGUACAAUUGGAAGUGAAGAUAGUUCAAGUGGUAUCACUCAAUUAUCUCACAUUCAAGAUUCACCUGCUCCAUCUGCUUUAAGCACAGAUGAAAGUGUUAAUUUACGUGAUGCAUCAUCUGUGGAUAAUUCUGUUGAAACUGAAAGUUUCACCAUUGAUGAACAAGAGAGCCACCAUAAACUUAACCGGUUAAUUCUUGCUGAUGCAAAUAGUACAAUUCAGGGAAGAACUGUUAUUGUUCAGGAAGCUAAUCAUAAUUCAUCUGAUGUUGCUGGUUCUGGAAAUUCUGCAUUAGUAAGUGGAAAAUCUGUUGUAGUGGGAAGUACUUUACCUUUGUAUGUUUCUAGUGGAGUGCGCCAAGUAUUUCUUCCAGUAACACCUGGGUUAGCAGCUUCAGUGCACAGUCGAUCUGUGAUGGUUUCGAAAGGCUCAAAAGUAUUUCGUGUUCAAGCAAUGCCAAGUGCUUCCAUCCAGAUGUCUCCUGCAAAUGGCUCAGUUCAAGGCACUGCACUUGUAGUUCGGCAAAUGCCAGUGGGAACACCUGUAUCAGUAUUGAGCCAUCCUGCUGUCAAACAAGUACGAUUGCCUGCAGGAAGCAUUUCUUCGCAGACUUUGACUGGAGUAACUGCACAGCCACCAGUAGUAUUGCCCCCAGGAAGUCAUCAUUUGGCAUCUUCUGUUAACCCAGUAUCUUGUGCCACAUAUCAGGAUAAUAAGCAGGCACCAACCAAAUUAGAAUCAAAAGAUGUGUCUGGUAGCAUUACAGCAGUUAUUAGCACAACUGAUAAUAUCCACUUGAAUACACAGUCAACUACAACAAAUGCCGUUCAAUCAGUAGAUAUAUCCACAACGUAUCAUGACCACUUGUCGGCAUCAGUUACCACUUUGAUAACUUCAAACUUAUGUGAAGCAUCAGAAAAAAUUACUUGCUCAAAAGUAGAUAAUGUUGCUAACAUUCCUGAUGGAAGCAGUAUGAACUCCUUGAAUCCAAAAAACUCUCAUUUCAUUCUAGGCAGCACAAAUGAAAAGAACUCUGUUGAUUCAGAAAUUACCUCUACCAAGUCUUCAGCUUCACUUUUAUGCAAUCAGCAAGUUGAAUGUGCAAGAUAUCUGCAAGAUGAUCGCAAUUUUCGUUGUAUUGGUGUUAAUUUUGCUAGUCCAACCAAAGUAACAAUAAAUGAUAUUCAGUCAUCUAUGAAAAGUGAUUAUGUUGUUAUUGGUGAGGACAAAGAAAUUCCUAGUUCUGUUCGAAAAGCUAGCAAUGAAAGUGAAUCUGGUGCAGAAACUUUAAUAGUGGAUGCACAAAAUGAAGUUCCAUCCAGUGAAGUGACUAAUGAAGAGCUUGAUGCAGAAUCUUUACCUGAUGGUCCAUCUACAGAUGAAAAUGCUCCCAGUUUAUUGUGCAGAUCAUCUGAGUUUGAGAUCCAAGAGGAAGAAGCCAGUGGGGAUGCAAACCAAGAGAGUACAAGCUACAGACGUGAUAAUACGUUGAACAUAGAUUCUCAACAAUCUGAGCUCUACAAUCAAAUUGGUGGAAGAUUAACAAUAUUUCAAAAAGACAGGCCUGAUUUUGAAGGAAACAUUUUGAUCUUAAGGAAUGUGAGUGAUGGUGAAGGAGGUGCCAAAAGUAGUUCUUCCCAGGCAGUGCUUAAAACAUCUGACCAUUUUAAUGCUGUUGCCGAAAGUUCACCAGUAAGUAACACUGCAAAACUUGUGAGUUCUGGAACUGACGUAAAGAAGAAUUUAUCUGAUAGAGACAAUUUGGAGAGUAUAAACAUUCCACAGAAGGUUGCUGUAUUGCAGAAAAGUUGCUCCUUGGGUAGUGCAGAUUUGAGUAGAUCCAGUAUUAAUUCUCAAAUGGAUAUUGCAGCACAUAAUUUACGAAGGAAAAAACAAGCUGCUGCAAGAGAAGCCUCUUGGCGCUACAUCACUAGUGGUGUUUCUCCUCCAAAAAAGGCUAAAUUGUCAACCCUGCAUAAGGAUGAGGGAGAUACUGAUAUAAUUAUCGAGCAUGCAGGAGUGUGUGUGCAGUUAUCAGAUACACCCUUAGAAGUUGAAGACUUAACUCAAGAACAUCACACAUAUCUGUCAGAUGCCAAGUUGGAAUCCAUUGCAAAGCGACAUUGUGUAGAUGCUUCACUUUUGCCAUCUUAUCGUAGAAAUGAUGUCCCUGCAAAACCUGAAAAACUGAGUGAUAAAGUUGAGCUCGUAAUGCAGCAAAGGAUUGCGAAGGUUGAAAAAGAACUUAGAUUUCAAAAAAGUUUGUCAGAAGAAUGUGAGGAUUUGGGUGUUGAUGAACCAAGCACAAGUGAUCUUUUUCCUGAAGCAGAUUUGUUACUGGACACAAAUUCAUCAUCAUUUGAACAAACACUGCAGGAUACUGACUGUAGUCCCGAGUCAUCAGAACCAUACAGAAGUACAGAUCUUCAAGCCUUGGGCUAUACAUCAAGCAGCCAGGACGGUUCUCAAAGUUCACAUGGCCGUAAAGUAGAAGAGAUUUCAGACAGAUCUAAAGUAAUCAAGCAAACUGCUUACAAUACGUAUGGAAGUCAGCUUUUGGAUUGGAAACAAUCUUUUGUAAAUAAAGAACACAAGAAGAAUUUAUCUGAAAAGAUUACAAAACAUAAAUCCAAGUUGAGAGAGCUGACAAAAGUAUACAGUACUCCAGCAAAUCACUCAAAAAAAGAAAAUGGGAGUGUUUCAUGUCAAAAAUCUAAUCAAGUUAUUGUGCAGACUUCCACUGGUAAUUUUUCUGCACAAAAUUUCACUAAUUGCAAAAACAGUGGAGAUUUGUGGAACAGAAAAAAGUCAUCUGAUGCAGGAAUUAAUGGAGAUGUCUUAUUACAUGUCAGUCAUGGUUUGGACAAAUUUUCAAAUGCCCAAAGCAAUGUGAGUAUCCUAAAACCUGACAAUGUUAGCUGCAAAAAAAAAUUACCAGAAUCGUUACCAGCAAAUAAUAAUUUGAUUGUUCAUUCUAAAGGUUUGCUCUUAACUGGCUCCUACCAGAGUUCAUCAUCCAAUUCUUCUGAAGACAGUGUUACUCUGCUAGAUAAUUACACCAGCACGGUUGCCUCACCAGUAGAAGUUACUUUUCCAUCUCCAAUCCAGCCUCCAUCUCCAGGUCAGCCUUCUUCUCCAGUCAGGUCACGUUCUCCAGUACGGAUGUCUACAGUAAGACGUGUGAGACUAGUUGAGUCCACACAAUCUGUAAAUACUGCACCCUCUUUGACAGCAGUACAAAAGUUUACUUACACCUAUGGUAAAAGAUUUGCACAUCAAGAUGUAAUAAAGAGAGCACGACUGAACCGCCCGAACCAGUAUUUUAAUGAUCAUGGUGAUCCUCAGGAAACGUGGGAAACCUCCAGUUCGCACAGGACUGUUGCAAACGAAGAGGAAUUUGAAUGCCAUGAUAAACUAGAUGAUUUUUCAUCCUUCAGAGUUGCUGUGAAUUCUGAUGAUAGUGCCAGUAACAAUCCAAUUCCUCCAUGCUUUUCAUCUGUGUCCAUUUCUGAUGUAAAAAGUAGUAGGGUUCCUGAACUUCAACAAGAAAUGCGUGUGAUUAGUCAAGUUGCAGCUUCAUCUCAAAACGAAAAGCAUUUACGCACGUGUCAGAUCACAAGCAAGAAGACUGGUAAUGCCCGCAGUUUAACAAACAUUGAUAAUGGAAGGUUGAGUGAUGCUGAAGCAUUGGGAGACAAUUGUUCUAGAAGUGUAGAUAGUGUUGAUAUUUCCAGUCAUAUGUUAAAGCCUAAAAAUGUUUACUCUUUCAGUUCCCAGACUAACUUGCCGACCAGGCAUCAAACGAAUUCCCCUAAACCACAUCAAAAUACUAAAAAACAAGAUAUGUGUGCUAAUGUGAACAAUGAUACCAUUAUGAGAUUUCUUAUUGCUGAUACCAAUAUGCCCAGUGUAAUUGUAAACGAAGACAUUAAUUGUGAACCAGCACAAGGUGUUUCUCAGUUGAGUAGUAAUUCUGCAUGUUCCAAAGGAGCUUGCAAAAUCCAAAGGAACUCUAGAUUUGAGAGGCGUUCAUCACUGAGGGGGCACAUCAAACGAGGCUGUUCCUGUUGCAGUGGAUCUCCAGAACUACCAUCCAAAAGGAAACGUGAAGCAGCCAAAGGAGAGAAGUCAUCAAAAAAGUCGCAUACAGCCAAGCACAUCACAAAGGGAAAUAUUUCAAAGAAAAGGUAGUGAAUUGUAAGUGAAUUCUGUUCAGAAGACUGCUUUUAUUUUUACAAACAAAUUUUACAGCCACCUGUGUUAUGCACACUUAGCAGUAUUGCUGCCUAAAAACAGCCAAAUUCAUACUAAGCAUUCAUUCAAGCAUAAAGUUUGUGUUUCCUUGAAAUGUGCAGAAGUUAGAUAUUUUGUGUGACAUCAUAUCUAGUCAAGUGAACUUGAUAGAUAUACAUAAAAGUAACUGCACUUUAGUACAAAUAUAGUGUGGUUCACCAUGCUUUUUCAGUCUUUCAUUAUUGCAUUUGGUGUGUCUUGUGUAUCAGAACUAUAAUUACAAUACUUUGUCAUUUUAGGGAUUGUAUAUUGUAAAAUGUAACAAAAAUCUGUCAUUCAUUUUGCUCAGAUAUUUAUUUCAUUUCUUUGGAUUCCUUGCAAGGUAUUUUAUGGUCCUUUUUUGAGAUCUAAUUUUUUUUCUGAAUUAGUUGUGGAACAGUAUUAUAUUGUUGGGGUUUUUGAGGUGUUCAUUAGGGAAAUGAUGGUUUAACUUUGUGGUCAUUCCUGUACCAACAUUCCAAGGUUAAUUUUUGGUAUGAAUUGACAAAACAUGCAGCAUUAAAUACUCGUUUAUUUGAUGAUAAAUGAGAGUAACUUUCAGAGACCUAAGUAUUUGAGUUGGUUUCUUGCCUACUUAUUUUUUCAUAUUGUCAAAAAUGUAUAUACUUUAGGUCUUAGAACAGUUUGUUUUAAGAAUGUAUUUUUUUAAUAUCACAGGAAGUUUGAUAACAUUUUCAAUGAUGUAAAGGUGUAUUUGUAGCUAAACUAUGUGGUCGUGAACUUGAUUUUUAUGGGUGCACAGAAUAAUAGUUGUAAAGGAGUAUAAAUGGCAUUCCUUGUUGAUUCUGGUUAUAUUUUAAAUAUUUUGCACUUUUAAGACUUUGAUGUUCAUGAAUGUCAUCAUUGGUUUUGUAAAGUGCUUUUUUACAUAUGUAUAUACAUAAUAUAAUAUUUUUGUUGAGAGGUAAAUAGUCCUCGAUAUUCCUAUGUGAGAAGUAAUUUUGUAACUAGAACCAAAUUCCACAUUUGUGUUCAAAAUUGUGCCAUUGCUGUAGUAUUUCUAUUACAUAACAUUUUGGACAGUUGGUAUUUUAGUUGGCUAUUUUGCAGGCAUUCAAAACUAAGUUGCCUAGUGUAUUAGGGCUUGGCUGAUGCAGUUUCCCACCUAAUUGAAUAAUUGUUAGCAUGGAUAUGAGAAGAAAGGUUUUUUGCUGGCAUAGUAGUACUUAAUAUAUAUCUAGCUAACAAUUUAUUUUAUUUGGAAGAUAUAUAAGACAGGAUUAAAGUUUAAUUCACAUUGCAUUUAAUUUAUAGUUAUUAGUUUUAAAUGUUUUUUUUUUUUGCAAUUGUUAUGUUUUCAGGUUUCAAUGUAGCUGAUAUAUAUUAUUUCUUAAUUUUUUGCAUAUUUAUUUGAUUAAGAAAUUUUACAUAACUGGCCAGUUGUUCAUUUUAUGGUUUAUCAUUUAAAAUAUAAAAUUACUAUUUUUUUAUUUUAUUAUUCAGUACAUUUAUUUUUCUCUCGUUCAGUAUAGCAAAUAACAGGCUAGGUGAACCAUUGGCAAUGGUUUUAGCAUGGUCUCAGACAUCAAUGCAUACUGGGAGCCAACGGCUGUUUUGUACAAACACUAUUUGUGCUGCCAUUAAUCUUCAAAUAUUGGUUUGCCUUUAAACCAAUAUAAUACUUAAAUUGAAAUGACUAUUAACAAAUUCACUCUUAAAUUGUUUAUUUUUGUGUCUAAAAAUAAGUAUGGAUUUGAUAUUUGAAGUAUUUUGAUGUAAGUAUUAAUAUUACACUGCAUAUAAUGCUUUUAUUAUGUGCUGAAACAAGUGUCUGUACAAAAUUUUGCUAUUUAUUCUAAUGUAGCUGGACAGGCAGCUAGAAAUUAAGAUAUUUCAAGUCUUUUGAAUAAAUAGUUCAGUUACAAGUCUUUUGUUAAUAUGAAACACUAUGUAAAAAGUAAAAUUUCUCAAAAUUUGUUUUUUUGUUGUAACAGAUCAUUUUAAUGCAUUUUAUUAUUCAUCUGGUGAGAAUAUUACAGAAUGACUGGACAGAAAGUUAAGUAUUUGUUCAGUGCUUUUAUUGAGUUUUGCAACAAGGUCAUUAAAGAAUUUUUGACAAUUUAAUCCAUUUUAUGAUUAAUUUAAUGGAUCUCAUGUUAGUCAGUUUGAUACACUAAUAAAUAAAUGACUUCUGAAAGUUAUAAAUCUGCAUGACUUUGGUAAUGAAUUUUUUUCAUGCCAGGAUAAAGGCCUACAUAAAUUCAGAAUUAUUGGUAUUUGCACUGCCUUUUUUUGACAUGUCAAAAACCACCAAUUUAAUUUUUACUGAAGUUUUGCGUUGUUUAAUUUUAAAACCACAACAUACAAUGCCAGAUGCACAGCAAAAAAUAUAUUCUACCAGUGCACUUGAUGAUAAUUUAUUGUUCUUGCUUGAUAAUAAGAACUAAUUAUACCGAUAGAAGUAUCUGUGAAUUAAAGUAAGUUAUGAGAUGCACACUCAACAAAUGACAGCUGGAAAUAUUUUUUUUCAUUGAUAUCCUAGCUUGAAAGAAAAUAUUCAUCUAUGAGUUUUGAAUAUUCCAUGUACAUGUUGAAUGAUACAAACUGUCUUUACAUGCUAGCUUAUUAGUUUAUCAGUCUUGUUGAUGCAAAAUAACCUUUCUUUUACUCCCGAUGAUCCAGUGUGCUAAGUGGUUCCUGAUCAAGAUUUGUAUUGAUUUAUUGUUGUGCUUAUUUAUAAGGUAUUAUAUAGUCUCGCUUCCUAAUGAGAUAGCAUCAGCUCAGUCCUAAUUAUAACAAUAUCAAAAAAUAUUUGUUUCUUGAUGUUAUUUUUUUUAUAAUAUUUACUUGUCUUCUAUAUUUUCUUUAUUUUCAGUUAGCAUUUGUAAAUAUGGUAUAUGUAUUCAGAAACAUUGUCUGGGUCUGUUAGUUAUUAGUAUGUACUUAUUAUGAUUUAUUUAAUAUUUAUAUAGUUUGUCACACACAGCUUAGUUUAAAUUAGUUCAAAUGUGAUAUCUUUACUCUUGAUUAAGAUCCACAAACUUGUAACGAGAAUGGGCAGGCAUAUAUAUAUAUAUAUAUACACACAGGGGCUUAGCCAGGGGGG